CCAAAUCUGAAAUACUAUUAAUAUUUUUGAACGACUCGAAUCACGUACUAUAUCCCUGCAGUGCACCCCUCCCUUGUAGAAUCCUCGUCUUCGAGCUAUCAAGCCUCCAACUCAUCAAGCUCCAUUGUCCACUGCAUUAAACAUUUUCAUAGCCGUUGGCUCAAUAUGGUCUAGCCACGUGCAAAGUGACAAAUAUAGGCAGAUACUAAAUGUAAACGGAGCUAAAAGUGUCUUUAUUGCACACCGGCCUUUUAUUUUGCUUUGAAUUGAAAUACAAAUUGCUUCCCCAUCCAACGGCAUUAGUACUGCGACCUAUACACCAAUUCUCUCCCCGCCCCCCCCCCCCCCCCCAUCCAACGGCAUUAGUACUGCGACCUAUACACCAAUUCUCUACCCCCUCCCCGUCCCUAUAUAUACACACACCCAAUCCCUCUCUUCCCCCUACCCUUCUCUCUCUCUCUCUCUCUCUCUCUCUCUCAUUCAUAAGCAUAGACAGCAGAUCGAGAUGGGUUCUAGCACAUGGCUUUGGAUGUUAUUGGUGUUAUUCAGUACUGGUUUAAUGGGUUCAUUGGAGGCUUAUGAGUUUAAGGUGGGUGGAAAUCAAGGGUGGGUACUAAACCCUUCAGAGAACUACAACCAAUGGUCUGCGAGGAUGAGGUUUCAAGUCAAUGACACCGUCUUUUUCAAGUAUAACAAGGGAACGGAUUCUGUGUUCGUCGUGAACAAACAAGAUUACGACACCUGCAAUACUCAGAACCCCAUCAUGAAGAUGGACGGUGGUGAUUCGGUGUUCAAGUUUGAUCGAUCUGGUCCCUUCUACUUCAUCAGUGGAAACAAAGAUAACUGCGAUAAGGGUCAGAAGCUACCCGUCGUCGUUAUGGCCGUUAGGAAUUCGAAGAAGCCCACUCCUCCCUCAACCCCGCCGCCGGUGGCUCAAACUCCGGCGACGUCCCCGACACAAGCCUCGCCGCCGACAAAAUCCCCGGCGACUGCCCCAUCCCCGGCGGGGAUUACUCCGGCGACGUCUCCGACACCAGGAUCGUCGACAGGAUCGCCAUCUCCGGCACCGAUGAAGUCACCAACUCCGGCGACCUCGCCGGUAUCACCAUCUCCGGCAACGGUGGAGUCACCAACUCCGGCCACGUCUCCGGCAACCUCGCCGGUAUCACCAUCUCCGGCAACGGUGGAGUCACCAACUCCGGCCAAGUCUCCGGCGACCUCGCCGGUAUCACCGUCUCCGGCAACGUUGGAGUCACCAACUCCGGCUAAGUCUCCGGCGACCUCGCCGGUAUCACCAUCUCCGGCGACGGUGGAGUCACCAACUCCGGCAACGGUGGAGUCACCAACUCCGGCAACGGUGGAGUCACCCCCGCCGGCGAGUACGACAUUGUCGCCGGGAAUGACGCCGGCGGAGAGUGAUACGGCUCCGAAUCCCAGCAGCGAUACUGCGACGCCGCCGCCUUCAUCUACACCGGCUUUCACCCCUCCAGUUUUGUUGGUUUUGUUAGUAACACUGCUGUCUAGUGUGGCUCUGGGUAGUUUUGUUGCUUCACCAUCUGAAAAUAUGGAUAUUUUCUAGGGUUUUUCUAUUGGGUUUGGAUUCUCUAUUUCUCUCUAUUAGAUUCUUUAUCAGUCGGAAUUUUUUAUGGGAUUUCUUGUGAGAUAGCUCUAGCAAUUCUAUUUGCGUGACAGACACCGGAUAUGAUCUAUUUUCAUUCUAUUUCAUUUUGCGGAUUUUCAGUUUUUUA